AUGCACCCUGAGGUGAUCACCCAACUCCAAAAAACCAAGAGGGAAGAUUGGGGCUUGCCUUCAAACUGUUCCAAGGAAGGGACUGUUGUGGCACCAGCAAAGGAAUUUGAGAGCAGUGCCCUGUCCAGUCCUGGCUUUUGGGGCCCUCUUUGUUCUUGGUUGUCAUGGUCCUGGGCCACUCAGAGACCCUUCCCUCCGUCCCCAGCUGGUCACCGUAAGCACAGAGCUGACACUCAGCUUCCUGGCAUCGAUGUUUUACAACCUGAUUUCCCAUCUGUGGAGCCCCACCACUGCACUUCUGUUGCUCUGGGGUCUCUCCUCUUAACCCAACUGGGUGGACUCAGCCUCCAGGCCCUGCUGUGGCUUCCAGUGACUUGGGGGUCUGGGGUUCUCUCUGUACCACCUCCAGUCACAGAGGGGCUAUAUGGACCACCCUGA